UGCAGGCGGCUUGUUGGGUGUUUGCCUUCUAGUUUAACAUUUACACCAGAUCAGUCCACACAGUCCAGAUAGCGCUCACCUUGCACGCUCUCUUGGCACUUUCUGUUGGCAAGUCUGUAGGGGGCAUCGAAGCAUGGGACCCCGCACUGCUCCCUCUCCAUCUAAAGAAGUGAAGCCCAGGUCUGGGGGUCAGCCGGGAAGAGUGAGUGACCAUGAGUGCCAUGGCAACCCUCCAGUGCUGAACAACCCAAAGUCAGUUGUAAAGAGGCAGGUUAGCCCAGAGGAACUUCAGACACCGGGGGGGCCCUACAUUAAGAGGACAUUCACUAUUGUGGGCGAUGAUGUGGGCUGGGGCUUCGUGGUCAGAGGCAGUGCCCCCUGCCACAUCCAGGCUGUGGACCCCAGUGGACCAGCAGCAGCAGUGGGAAUGAAGGUGCGUCAGUUUGUGGUCUCUAUCAAUGGCGUUAACGCCCUGUCUCUGGACUACCGGACAGUCAGCCAUCUCAUUCUCACUGGCCCGCGCACCGUUGUCAUGGAAGUCAUGGAACCUCUCGACUGCUGAGGUCACAACAGCAGCCAUUGCCACACCCGCUGAGAGCGGUGCAAGAAAAUCCAAAUCAACAACAACAACAACAACAAUAACAACAGUAAACGCUGACAACAUAUUCAAAGAAUAUGUGUGUCCCAUCCAGAUAUUUAAAGAUUCCAUAUUUGAAUUGUGCCCUUCCUCCCUGAGCGUUAAAACAUAGGCUGACCUUUCACCUGCAUUUUUUCUUCUACUUGCCAUCCCACUUCAUGUCAGAGGACAAAUCCAACAGAACUGUCAUCAAGCUGUUAAUCAAGAUAAGAGAAAGUUGUGAGCUCUCUGAUGUGGCAGGGUGUUAUUUGGUUUCUAAGGAAGUAAGGUUAUGCAAUCAUCAUUCAAGCAGCUUAAAGAAACAACGCAGUACAGCAUUGUCUUACACACCAUUUUACAGUGUGUCACAAGACGACAAGCACUUCAGAUUAGCCGGAAAUAUUCAGUCUAAGAAUAGGCUAUGUCUCCCUUGUUUUUUUAUUAUUAUUACUUUUGAGUGAUUUGACAGGUUCAAUUUAGGUUUAUGUUACUUAGAGAUAAAAGUAUUUGAAUGAUCUCUGUGAGAAAAGGAAGGUCCCUAAGCUCAUAUCUAUUGUUGUUCCAAAGGGUAUUUUAUGGGGUCAGAGGUCAAAGAAAGGUAAUUGAUUCACAAGUUAUGUGUCCCAUGUAGAUAUUGUUUUCAAUUAUUCUAUUAUGUUUAAUCUGUGUAUGUAGAUGACUUAGAUUAGAUAAAAAUAUCUAUGAUGUAUACUGAUCUCAUUUAACAUCCACAGAGAAAAAAUAGGACAUCGUUUAGAUAAUGCAUAUAUGAAAUUAAAUGUAAAUUUAGGAAAUUCACAUUUCUUAUGUGUCCUUAUACACUUGCUCUAAUGAUAUUGGAUUGGAUGUGUAACGCCAUGUGAUGUGUAAUUCAUUAUUAUAACUUUCUGAUAUAACUUUCCUAUUUAUUGUAUAGUUGAGAGGAAUCUGAGCAAAGCAACUGAACAGAAAGGACAAAUAUAGGAAUUGAUGUCUAUUUGAUUCUAUAUUUCUAUAGGCCUAUGAUAGGCCUAUAACUCAGUGCUGUUUUCUGUUGCAAGUUUUUUUUUUUAAUAUGAAGGAUAAUUAAAACAAUUACAUAUAAUAUUUUAUCAACACGUGGUUGAUCAGUGUUUUCUAUCGUUAAGCAAAGACUAUUACAAAGUAAAACAGUAAAAUGUUAUACUCAUGAACAUCAACAUUUGAAGCGAGAAUGCAAUAGCUCACCAGCAGAUGGAGACAACUUUUCAAACCUUCCCUUCGCCACUUAAAACGUAACCUAAAAAUGUGAACCUGUGUGACAGAGAGGACAUGCGGUAAACUUUCCAAAAUGCUUUAUUUGGAAUGUCGACUGCCAUUUAAAAAAGAAAGACAGAAAAAAGGAAGGAACUUCCACCUGUUCCGUGACUCCCAUAUAAGUUUAAUAGACAGAAUCGAUAGCCAGUGUAAGCGGCACUCAACAGGCAAUCCAGUGAUUUAUGGUCUCCAUUCAAGUUCGCUUUAUCAUGGCGCGCACACUCAACAUUUCAUUGUAUCCUGAGGAUACAGUGGGUUGUAAAAUAUUUCCCAUUUUGACAACUGAUUAGUACAAAUUUCCCUUUUGUCACCCUCAAAUAUUUAUCUGCUUUGGACAGUGACUUCAAUCGCGCUGCUUGUUUUUCUUAGUCUGCAGUUGGGUUUACCGGAUCCAAACAAAAGCCUGUUGCCUACUUAAAAUAAAAACGUGUCGAUAAAGAGCACAGCAACCACAUAAAGCGCGAAAUUUAUGAACAUCACCAGAUGGCAGUGUGUGCUUUGGCUAUUGCUAGCUACUUCCUCACCAGUGACCCAUGGAAUAACAGUAUGGAAUAACAGUAUUCUAUCCUAAGAGCAGCAGGUCUUUGGACAAUGUAAAUAGUGGAUUUGUCUUUUCAAGUGCUUAUAAUAUGUAGCCUACCGGAGUUAUCUACUGACACAUAUCCUCAUUCCAUGGUAUUAGCCUAAUUCUAUUCUGAAGUUGAGGCACCCUGGGGACACCCAGUUUGUUUACAGGUCAUUACAAUUAUUUUUCAAGCCAUAGGCCUAGCCGAUUAGAUGCAACUCAGCUGAGGUUGUGUGUCACUGCCUAAUAAGGCUCUUAAAAAACACUAAAAAGCUAAACCAUCUGGAGUUAUUGGUUCCCAGUAAAAAUGACCUAUUGAGUUGACAGGAACAAAAAAGGCCUGAAGGGUGGCUAGGUUCAAGGUUAGUCCUUCACAGUGUUCCUAAAUUAUGAUGAUGGAGGUCAGGUUUAGGUGGGUUUGGGGAAGAAUAUCUGUGGAUGUGAGAAGCUGACCUGUUGUUCUGAAAUGUUGUGGUGGGGGCUGCUCUGUUCCUCUAUUUCUCUUGCAUGGUGUAAAUUCUAGCACGGGCAAGCUUGAAAUUGUUUAUUUUUGGACAGGGUUAAGUGGUUCUAAAUCACCACCACCUUGCAAUUAGAGAGGGCAAUUUGAGUGGUACUUGAGGGGUCUCAGUAAGAUGAAUGUAGAAGACCCUAUUAGUUUUUGAAAGAACAGUUGUAUUCAUCAUUUCCCAUCAGAAAUAUUUCAGCCCUUAUAGUGAUGGAUAUGUCUCGUCUUCCAUACACAGAGAAGUCCCGGGGCAUGAUUCCUUGAGUAGCAGAAUAAAAUGAAUAGCUCUUCUGCACUACUUAAGCCUUGACCUUAUGUGAGGAUGACUUCAACAUAACAUUCCAGACAACCUGUAGAGACACAUAGCCAUCACCUCAAUGCCUAUUAGUUAGCCCGAGGGAACUUUUCCAACUCUCUGUGGAUAUAAAUGGGUCAGUUAUGCAACAAGAUUGACAACCUGAUCUAUGCCAUGCCAUGCUUACUGUUUCUUACUUACUGGCUGGUGUUAAUUGUAUUACACCCCAUUUGAUGGUAAAUAAAUGUUAUAAAUGUGUA